GCUCAGCAGACUGCAACUGCAACCAGAGCUAGAACAACUCCUAAGCCUCGGCUAUAAAGACUGGAAAACAAACCAAACAGCUACAGACGACUGACUGGGACCUUUCCGAAGACUUAUCACUCAGAACAGGAUUUGAACAGAAUUACUCUUGACUAUACGCCUAAGAGAAGACGCAAAGAUGCUGAUGUUCUCUUUCAUCGUGAUCUUCAUUGGAAGCUUUGACGUGGUCCUCUCCUUCUAUUGCCCCGCCGUGUGCGACUGUCCUCUCGACCUGCCCAAGUGCGCUCCGGGCGUAAGCCUCGCACUGGACGACUGCGGGUGCUGCAAGGUCUGCUCGAGGCAGCUCAACGAGGACUGUAGCCUGACGGAGCCUUGUGACCACACUAAAGGACUCGAAUGCAACUUUGGGGCCAGCUUUGGCGCUACACGUGGCAUCUGUCGAGCAAAAUCAGAGGGCCGACCCUGCGAGUACAACAGCAGGAUCUACCAGAACGGAGAGAGCUUCCAGCCCAACUGUAAACACCAGUGCACGUGUAUCGACGGGGCGGUGGGCUGCAUCCCACUGUGCCCACAGGAACUCUCCCUGCCCAACCUGGGCUGUGCCAACCCCAGGCUGGUCAAGGUGGCCGGCCAGUGCUGCGAGGAGUGGGUGUGCGACGACGGCAAGGAGACCGACCUGAUGGAGAAGCUGUUCGGCAAACACAUGCGGACAGACGAGUCCGAGAGCGACCUCACCAACAGGAACGAGUUCAUCCCCUUUGUCAAGGGUGGACUCAAGUCUCUACCCGCAUUCAGAGUACAGCCUGAGGGUCACUUGUUCGAGAGCCAGAAGUGCAUCGUGCAGACCACCCCAUGGUCCCAGUGCUCCAAGACCUGCGGGACGGGCAUCUCCACCCGCGUCACCAACAACAACGACGAGUGCAAGCUGGUGAAAGAGACCCGCAUCUGCGAAGUGCGGCCAUGCACCCAGUCCCCUUACACAAGCCUCAAGAAAGGGAAGAAGUGUAACAGAACCAAGAAGUCCGGCCAGGCCGUCAAGUUCACCUACGCCGGCUGUGCCAGCCUGAAGAAGUACAGGCCCAAGUACUGCGGCUCCUGCGUGGACGGCCGCUGCUGCAGCCCCCAGGACACCAGGACCAUCCGGGUCAAGUUCCGCUGCGAAGACGGCGAGACCUUCAACAAGAACGUCAUGAUGAUCGAGUCCUGCAAGUGCACCUUCAACUGUCCCCAUGCCAACGAAGCCUCCUACCCCUUCUACAGGCUGUUCAACGACAUCCACAAGUUCAGAGACUGAGUCCUGACUGGCUGUGAGGCCCGGAAGCUCCUGAGGAGGAACAACGACGACUUGGACAGACAGCCAAUGGCAGUCUGUUCAAACGCAGGGGUCAAGAGUCAACGCGCCAAUCAACUACCAGCUUCCUGUUGUAACUAGAUUCCCAAGGAAUUGUGGGCUUACAUCAUGAGGACUUAAUGAAGUGCACUGUUUGCUGUGACCGAAUCAGCAAUCUUGAUCAAGAAUCGCUUCAUACUACUGGAGCAUCAUGAGUAGCUUCAUUAUGGAGCAACAUGUAAUUAAUAUUUGUAAAUGUAUGUUAGUUGUUGAUAUCAAUUCGCGAUGUAUAUUUCGAUCUAUAACACCAGAAAUGACCCAUACUGUAGACUUGUGUGUGUGUAUGUUAAGUCUGUAUACACACACGUAACAUAAGUGUACCAUGACCAUCUUGUAACACAGGAACCAGAGACCAUGUGUUACUUCUUCACUUGUUAGAUGGAUGUGUGGUUACACUCCUUCCUGACGUGGGCAUACAUGUUCAUGUUUUGUGGCAGCUAUUGAAUUCCCUUCUCUAUCCGAAAGACAAAGCGAAACAUGUCAAUGAAUGAAUGUGUUUAAUAUUAAUAUUAUUUAUCAAAAUGUAGCUACUUUAUUUGGAUAUCAUGUGUUAUACUGGAAUAAAUUGUAAAAAAAUGAUUUAAUUUUAUAUGUUACAAAUAAAACAGAUUUAUUUAUGAAACAUUA